AAGUGAGACUAUACAGGCGGAGAGAGGCUUUGGACGCCAGAAGCCGGGGCCGUCGGUAGAUGGCGGUAACCCAAGAAACCUGAUCCAGCGGGCUCUCGGGCACUCUGUCUCAGUUUGCAGCACUGAGCGGUGAAGGCACAGAGGAGCCGAGCACUUUUGAAGGACACAAAAAAACGGAGAGAAACCGGAGAGCUCGCGGCGCGUCCUCUCCAGUUUUUACGCGCAGCCCUCCCAAGCCGGAGCCGGAGACGUUCCGCCUGCCCUGCCUCGUCUCAAAAGCAGAAACAACGGGACAACUAAAGGCACCAUGGAAGACAAAUCCAAUUCGUUCUCUAGCAACAAGGAGGAGAAGGCGGAUGGGAAUAAUGUUUUUCAGAGGCAAGACUCCAUACAGAAGAACAACACCGGCAGCCAGAACACGAAGGACCACGGCAACUCCGUGGGCUUCAAGGGGGAGCGCGAAGAGGCCAUGGUGGGCUUUGACGAUCUGGAGGGGGCGUCCAGGGCACACGGUUUCAUGCAGCGGCAAUUUGGGGCCAUGAUGCAGCCGGGAGUCAAUAAGUUCUCCCUGCGUAUGUUCGGCAGUCAGAAAGCGGUGGAGAAAGAGCAGGAGAGGGUCCAAACGGCCGGAUACUGGAUCAUUCAUCCAUAUAGCGAUUUUAGGUUCUACUGGGACUUGAUAAUGCUCAUCAUGAUGAUGGGGAAUCUAAUCAUCAUUCCUGUGGGAAUAACCUUCUUCUCAGAGCAGACCACCACCACCUGGCUGGUGUUCAACGUGGCCUCGGACACAAUCUUCCUCGUGGACCUGGUCAUGAACUUCAGGACGGGGAUCGUCAACGAGGAGAGCUCCGAGAUCAUCCUCGACCCCAAGAUCAUCAAGAUGAAUUACCUGAAGAGCUGGUUCGUGGUGGACUUCCUCUCCUCCAUUCCAGUGGAUUAUAUCUUUUUAAUAGUGGAGAAAGGUUUUGACUCUGAGGUUUAUAAAACGGCCCGCGCCCUGCGAAUCGUCCGCUUCACCAAGAUCCUCAGUCUCCUGCGUCUGUUAAGACUGUCCCGACUCAUCAGAUACAUACAUCAGUGGGAGGAGAUUUUCCAUAUGACCUAUGACCUGGCUAGUGCGGUGGUAAGAAUAUUUAAUUUGAUAGGGAUGAUGCUGCUUCUGUGUCACUGGGAUGGCUGUCUACAGUAUCUGGUGCCUCUCCUCCAAGACUUCCCUCCCGACUGCUGGGUGUCCCUAAAUGGUAUGGUUAACGUGUCCUGGGGUAAGCAGUACUCUUACGCCCUCUUCAAAGCCAUGAGCCACAUGCUGUGCAUCGGGUACGGCGCCCGGGCGCCCGUUAGCAUGUCUGACCUGUGGAUCACCAUGCUGAGUAUGAUAGUAGGCGCCACGUGCUACGCCAUGUUUGUGGGUCAUGCUACCGCUCUAAUCCAAUCACUGGACUCCUCGCGCAGGCAAUACCAGGAGAAGUACAAACAAGUGGAGCAAUACAUGUCCUUCCACAAGCUUCCAGCAGACAUGCGACAGAAAAUUCACGACUACUACGAACAUCGCUACCAAGGCAAAAUCUUUGACGAGGACAAUAUCCUGAGUGAACUCAACGACCCGCUCAAAGAGGAAAUUGUCAACUUCAAUUGUCGUAAGCUUGUGGCCACCAUGCCUCUGUUUGCAAACGCCGACCCCAACUUUGUGACGGGGAUGCUGAGCAAGCUGAAGUUCGAGGUCUUUCAACCCAACGACUACAUCAUCCGGGAGGGCACGGUCGGGAAGAAGAUGUAUUUCAUUCAGCACGGCGUCGCAAGCGUCAUCACCAAGUUCAGUAAGGAGAUGAAGCUGACGGAUGGAUCGUAUUUCGGAGAGAUCUGCCUGCUCACCAAGGGCAGACGGACGGCAAGCGUGAGGGCGGACACCUACUGUCGACUCUUCUCUCUCUCCGUCGACCACUUCAACGAGGUGCUAGAGGAGUACCCCAUGAUGCGACGUGCUUUCGAAACCGUCGCCAUCGACCGACUGGACCGCAUCGGGAAGAAGAACUCAUUGCUGCUGCAGAAGUUCCAGAAGGAUCUGAACGCCGGCGUUUUCAACACGCAGGAGAACGAGAUAUUGAAGCAGAUUAUCCGUCAGGACAGGGAGAUGGUGAUGAUGGUGGACCGCAAACAGUCGGUCAGCGGGAUGAACUCAACUCCAAUGUCAGGAAACUCCAUCAUUAACUCACCAGCCCAGCCGCCCUUCUCCACUGCCUUCGGCACCAAUCAGCUCCAGCAGUCCUCAGUACCCCUGACCUUCAGUGCUUCAGCUAUAGCCAAUGCCUCCGCUGCCCGCAUGCUGCCGGCUGCUGCCGCUGCCGCAGCGCAGGGGAUGUACCCCGCACCCAGUGUUUCCCAUGGCAACCUGAGUUCUUCCUCGAUCAACCCACAGACCCCGCUGCAGCAGCAGGGAGCGAUCAUGUCGCCCUGCUCCUUCACGGCUGCCAUGUGCAGUCCGCCCGUGCAGACCCCUCUGGCAAGCCGGAGCUUCCAGUACGGUUCGCGCACAGGCUCCCAGCUGUCACUCAUCCAGCAGCCCCUCGCCCAACCAUCUCUAUCCACACAGCAGCAGCUUGCUCAGCAGCCCACUGUGUCAACUGCAGCUGCAACCUCUGCAGCACAGCAGCAGCAGCCGUCGCCUCAGCAGCAGCAGCAGGUCCCUUCACCUCAGCGGGGAGACAUGCACAAGAGCACACAGGCUCUUCAGUCAGGCAGCUUGAGUCGAGAUGUCCGACACUUAUCGGCCUCCCAACCGUCACUGCCACAUGACACAUCUCUGGGGCCCAGGGUGCACCCAGCCUCAGGAGACUCUCUGGCCUCCAUCGUGCCACCAUCAGCAGCAGCGAUCCAGGGAAUGAAUCUGCAGGGUGGCAUCCGCACUACGGUGCCCCAGCGGGUCAACUUGUUCCGGCAGAUGUCAUCAGGAGCUCUGCCCCCGGUUCGCUCGGCCACGGCAGCGGCGGCGGCGGCGGCAGUGGCAGCGGCAGCAUCUUCAUCCUCAACCCAGCACAGGGAAUCCCCCGGAUCGAGGAGAGAUUCUGUCCUGAGCAGUACGGAGACUGAGCAAGACAAAAUGCGUUUUGCAUCAAAUUUAUGAUCCCAUUUUUGUUCCCCCUUUUCAUUUUUUAAACUUAAACAUGUUUGGAUUCAAUUUUAAAGAUGGAGAUACAGCAAAAGAGAUGAAAAUGAGGAACUCCAGCAUUUUUGUUUCUCUCCGGUUUUAUUCUAAAAUAACCUCAAAGAAAUCCUGUACAUAUAAGCCCUUGUAUUAUAUUUUAGACACAUUGUCUCCCUAAACUUAAGAAUGUAUAUUAUACAGACACAUCUGUUUCUUUUACGCCAUAUUAAUCAUUUAUAUAUAUAUAUAUAUAUAUAUGCUGCUAUAAACAUACAUACAUUUAUAUAUGUAUAUAUAUAUGUAUGUAUGCAUGUAUAGCUGUGUGGAUGGAUGAUGUGUGCGAGGUGUGUGUGUGUGUGUAUGUGACUGUGUAUAAAAUCCAACUACAAUAUUUGGCAAUGGCAAUUUAAAAGCUGUAGUAUAAACAUCAGUCUUCCUUUCUGAGAAAUAUAAAGAAUCAUAUAUGAUGUAAGUUUUUUUUUUGCUUUUUUUGCUUUCUUUUUUAAAACUGGAAUGCAUUGUGGAUUACGACAAUGACUUUUUUUCUUUCUUUUUUUUUACCACUGAGGAAGAGGAAAAUCAUCUUCUCCCAUUAAGAAGCUUUAGGCACCACUGUGGAAUAAUAAGUGCGAGCAACUCUGACGAAUAAUCUCAGAAAGCACACGUAAAAAUAAAUCUCACACGCCGAUUUUCCUGAACCUCCAUCCCAGAAACCAACGAAUACUGUAACUAAGUGUUGUGUUGCUUUCAGCGAUGAGAAUCCAGUCUGCUGAGCUGCUAUAUCCCCACAGCGGCUCGCAAACAAACUCUUGACAGUGUUAUGGGUCAAAAAGGGAAUAGAUAAUAGAAAUGCUGAUUUCUGUAUUUUUUUGUUUGGAGUGUGGAGAAAGAUAUGGAUGGAUGCUAUUGUUUUUCUAUUUCUGAUUUCAGAUGGCUGAGAUGUUAUGUAACGUUGCUUAGAAAUUCUGUGUAUAUUUAUAAUAUUUAUAAACUAAAGAUUAUCACCAUUA